AUGUCAAUAUCUCUGUUACCGACCGUUUCCGAUCUCUAUCGAACCCGAAUUCAUCCGAGAAGACAUGGCCGUCCGUCGAACUCUGAAGCCGCGAUUGCGAGAGAGUUUCAGGAAUUUUGUCAAAAUACUGACUUAGAAGCAAUAGAACGUAUUAUGACAGAGCCACAGAUGUCGUUUUUCGACGGAAUCGCAGUUGCACCUCCAAUUGAGGUGUUCUUCAUGAACAAAAUGUUUAUGGAUGAAACAAGCCCAAAUAAAGUGAAUCUUACUGUGGGAGCUUACCGUACCGAAGAGGGGAAACCUUGGGUGUUGCCGGUGGUAAGAGAAGCAGAAAAAGCGCUAGCAGAUGACGAUACGUUGAAUCACGAAUAUCUUCCUGUCCUAGGACAUGAAGGAUUUUCACAGGCAGCUUGUGCUCUUGUACUUGGAGAAAAUAGCCCUGCUAUAAAGGAGGGUCGGUAUACUGGUGUGCAAUGUCUAUCCGGAACCGGAUCGCUCCGUGCUGGAGCCGAGUUCCUCUCUAGAAUUCUACACCUAAAAACUGCUUACUUCAGUAAUCCCACUUGGGGCAAUCAUAGAUUGGUGUUCAACAAUGCCGGAUUCACAGAUUUCCAUAGUUAUCAAUACUGGGAUGCGGAAAAGAGGCGUGUAAACAUUGAGAAGGUGCUCGAAGACUUGGAAGCGGCACCGGAGAAAGCAGUAAUUCUUCUCCACGGUUGCGCCCACAACCCUACCGGUAUGGAUCCUACUCAUGAACAAUGGAAACAAAUUUGUGAAGUUAUUAAGAGGCGGAACCUCUUCACCUUCUUCGACAUUGCCUAUCAAGGAUUCGCAUCCGGAAAUCCAAACGAUGACGCAUGGGCGGUUCGGUAUUUUGUUGAGCAAGGAUUGGAGAUGGUGAUUGCGCAAUCGUUCGCAAAGAACUUCGGAUUGUAUAACGAACGUGUUGGUAAUCUUUGCCUGGUUGUCAAGGACCCAGCCGUCUUACCCGGUUACAAAUCCCAAAUGUCACUGAUUAUCCGAGCAAAUUGGUCAAACCCACCAGCUCAUGGAGCUCGUGUCGUGCACAAAGUGCUAACCACUCCAGAAAUGCGCAAACAGUGGGAUCAUGCUAUCCAGACAAUGUCAUCAAGAAUUAAGCAGAUGAGAGCAGCUCUUCGAGAAAAUCUUGAAAACCUCGGCACUCCCGGAACGUGGAGUCAUAUCACGCAACAAAUCGGAAUGUUUAGCUACACAGGACUCAACCCAGCACAAGUCGAUCAUUUGGUGAAAAAGCACAAAGUGUUCCUAUUAAAAGAUGGCCGAAUCAACGUAUGUGGUUUGAACCAGAAAAAUGUUGAAUAUGUGGCGAAAGCAAUUGACGAUGCUGUAAGACAUGUGUCAGCGAGUUUGUAG